CUUUAAAAACAUUCCAGUUCUUUUUAUUGAAACAACCUAACAACGCUGGAGCAUUCAAUAUUUUGUACAAGUCAAACAGUCGGACAGAUCACGUUGGAAUACUUUGGUUGGUUAACUCAACAGACGUCACAUUUGCACACUUACAUGAAAACAUGCAUCGGAUACUUAAAAUAGGAUUCAUGUUUUGCAUGACUAUUGUUGCAUGCGACAGUCAAAGAAUCUCACUAGAAGAGAACAACGCCACUGCAUUAUUUACCAGCUGUGUACGGGGGGUGCAGGUUAAUGACACCUUUUAUUUCUCUGGUCUAUUGGACGCCUCAAACACUGAUCCUGAGGACUGGCCACGAUUUGCUUCAUUCUUUCUCAGAGAGAGUCCUUCUUUGCCUUACUAUUGGUUUUGCGAUUUAGAUUGUAGAUUUAACGUUUACACACCAACGUCAUCAACUUGUGAAUGUUUUUUACAAGACGAUUCGAUGUACAGUUACACUAUCGAAGGGGAAGCCACACUUUCUCUCAGCAAAAACGAGAUUCAAGGAACUUGGACAAAUAACUAUGGCACAUCAUCGACAUUUACACCUGUUAGAACACUACCUGAAAUUUUUGAUAAAGUUUUGCAAACCGCAACAAUAAAUUCCCAAGUGUUCCCAUUGACCAUCGAUCACCCAGACACGACCAUUCAUGUGAUGUAUAAUGAUACUUUAGAUUUGAACUAUUGUGUUGCCAAUGUGGACUCUCAGUUUACUAUUUCAAUACACGUCAAUGGUUCUCAUGUGCAGACUUCCUACAGUUCAUGUGUUUCUAUGGUUUAUAACACUAACUCUUCUUCUGUCGGAGUUAAUUUUUAUUUUACUGAAUCUAGUGGGUGUCACAGGUCGAUUGCAUCACAUGUAACUAUAGUUCGAGAAAACUAG